UAAGGAAAGAAAAGAAAAGCACUUCUAAACCCAAACGAAACGAAACGAAACGAAAGUCUCUCUGAAAAAAGUUUAUCUCACACUUUGAAAAACGAACCCAGAAAAUACCGGAAGAAAAGAAGGGGGAAGAAAAUCGAAAAGCUUCUGAUCUUCGUUUGUCGCAAGGAGGUUUAGUUUUCUCGCAUGUCGUCUGAGACGAUUGGGAGAUUCUGAAAGUGUCGCGUAAUUAUAUAAUCCUGAUUGGGGAUAUCUGUUUAUUGAGUUCGGAAGAACAACGUUUUGCUGUACUUUUGUUUCUUGAUUGAGAGGUGGUUGCUUUGAAAGACUAUUAAAAAAUUUCUGUUUUUGAGAAGUUUCAAAGAAUGGGUGCUCUUAAUCAUCAAGGUUUUAACUCGAGUUCUCUUCCUUUCGAUUCUACCAGGAAGAGAAAGACGCGGAGUAGACGGGAAGGUACCUCUGUUGCUGAGACACUCGCGAAGUGGAAAGAGUACAACGACCGUCUAGAUUCUGGCAGUGGCGACGACGGCAAGCCGAAUUGGAAACUUCCUGCAAAAGGGUCGAAGAAAGGAUGUAUGAAAGGCAAAGGUGGGCCUGAGAACUCGCGGUGCAAUUACAGAGGAGUUAGGCAGAGAACGUGGGGAAAGUGGGUUGCCGAAAUUCGGGAGCCUAACAGGGGAAGUAGGCUUUGGUUAGGUACAUUUCCCACGGCUUUGGAGGCUGCUAUAUCUUAUGAUGAGGCUGCCAGGGCUAUGUAUGGUCCGUGUGCUCGCCUUAACCUCCCGAACAUAACUGACUACACUUCGUUUAAAGAGAAUUUGAAAGAUUCUUUUUCGGUUGAGACUCCCUCAGGCUCCGACUCAACAACUACAUCGAAUUCCAACCUCUCAGAGGUCUGCGCGGUUGAGGAUAACAAGGUGAAACCUGUUGUGUCGAGUGUGAAGCAGGAGAGUGUUGAAGGUGAAUCAGAAAUCAAUCCACGGCUCACACCAGUCACUGAAGCCGCCGCGCCUAUUAGUAAAGUGAAAGAGGAAGAAACUCCUAAAUGUUUUAAAACAGAAGCUAAGGAUGAGCUGAUGGAUAUCGAGGAUCGGAGUUGGGCCGAUGUGUGUGGUGUUGAUGGGGAUUUGCAGAGCUUCACAAUGGAUGAGAUGUUUGACGUGGACGAACUCUUGGGGCUUAUGGACAAGAACACGGACUCGGUGGAGGAUUUAUGCUACAAUAAUGCCGGUCAGCCAGUGUUGUCCGACAAUAACAAUUUGCAGUGUGACAAAUCAUCUAACUUAUCAUACCAAUUGGAAAACCCCGAUGCGAAGUUGCUCGGAAGUUUGCAUCAUAUGGAGCAUGCGCCUUCGGGUGUCGACUACAGCUUUGAUUUCUUGAAGCCGGGAAUACUAGAGGAUAAUGAUGUUGGUAUAGAUGAUCAGGGCUAUCUUAACUUGGGAAUAUCUGAUUAUGGGUUUUGAGAUGCAAAGUGAGGUUUAAAAAAACAAGAUUUCUGAUUGAAGACACUGCAAAUCUGGAAGAUGGACCUUUGGUAUAUUCACAUGGGAAUUGGAAGGCUAGAAGAAGAAUGGUUCUCGAGUGUGAUAAGAUUAGUUUGCUACACGGACUAGUAAUUUUCCAGCCAAUGUUUCUAUACGUCCUUUUUUUAUUUCUUUUUUACUUGGCGCUAACUCGUUUGUUACAUCUGGACUGACCCGUGAAUGAGCUGAUUCUCUAUGGCUUUUAGGUUGGAGAAUUUAGCUAUUAAAUCACUUCUUUUAUGUUUUCCUUUUCAUCUUUUUCCCCACUCUCUUUGUCCAUCUCCUGGCAGUUCCCAGGAAACAGAACUUGACCAGGCCACUCACACAUAUAUACUUGUCUGUUUAGAAAUCGAAGUUUGUUUAAAAGAGUUAAUGUUACUGACAUUCUUUUUUGUACA